GGAUGGGGCUGUGGCUGUGACUAUGGCUAUGACUUUGCCUCUGGCUGAGGAUGAGGAUGACUUUGGGGACUCUGGUCCGGGGACGCAGGGCGAGAGACUUCCUUUGACUGGAGAGCUGGAGGGAGAAGAAGGGAUUGAUGCUCAGGCGAACCCCAUUGACUUGGAUAUCGGGCUUCUCACGGAGAUGGACGGAGGUAGUCUGGCUGACCUUCUACCGGCACCAACUCCUCAGGCGCUGCACAAUGCCCUCGCUCUACCAGGCCUGUCGUCUGCCCGCACCCCAAACCAGAUAGACAACCUGGAGAGUCUCCGGCGACGACUCACAGACACCUCCAUACCCUCAUUCCUGGUUCACCUCCCCGCCCUGCUGGUGGAAUACUACUUUGACUACGUCUGCGCCAUGUGGUCGUCGUUCGACUCGGACCUCAACCCCUUCCGCACCAACAUCGCCCGCCUCUGGAGCCAGAACGCCCCCAUCUACUACGCCAUCCAGAGCAUGGCCGCCGCCUCGCUGGCCGGCGACUUUCCCGGCAUGCGCGCCGUGGGCGCCCAGAUGCAGCGGCGGGCCAUCCACGCCCUGCAGGAGGCGAUGGCGGUGUCACCGACGCUGAACGACGAGAAUCUAUUCUACGGCCUGUUGAUGGUCGGGUCGACCACCGCGUGGCACAACGGGGGCGACCUGGGGUUGCCCUAUCUCCAGGCCGCGCGGCGGUUCCUCGUGCGACAGAGCCGGAGCCACGGACACAAAUCUCCCACAUCAUCCUCGAAUUCCGAGGUCCUCACUCAGCAGUAUCCAUUUUUCAAGCAGUGUCUAUUAUACUGGAAUAUGCUAGCCGCGUUCGUCGCGCAGGAUAUCUCGGAUGUCGGGGCUGCUGACGGCGACAGCGACGGCGACGGCGACGGCGACAGCGACCACCACCUACCGAUCUACGUGGUCAACGGCCAGACCCUUCUACACCCGUGGACGGGGCCUCUCCCCACUGCACUGGAGUAUUUCUAUCAGAUCGCACGCCUCAUUCGGUCUGCGCGCCACGCGCCACCUAUCAGCCCGACCACUUCCCCAGAAACCCAGCAAACAAACCCACUCCCCUACGACGACACCAUCCACUCCACUGCCCACGCGAAAGCCCAAGCCCUCGAAACCGAGCUCCUCACCUUCGACGUCGACGGCAUAGGCCACCACCUCCCGACAGGCGACACCAACACCCCGGCGAACCACUUCACCAUCCUCGCCGACGCCUACCGCUGCGUCGCCCUGCUGCAGAUCUACCACGCCUUCCCGGCCAUCCUCGUCUCGAGACUCCACUCCCAGCAAGACGUCCACAUACCCGAGCAUCCGGCUCUCCCUAUCCUCUCCUCGGGAAUGACCCCCCGCCAAUUCCGACGGCACCUCGCCCUCCACAUCAUCGCCUUACUAGAAACCCUCCCCGUCACCUCAGGGACGAGGGUAAUGCAGCCCGUCCUCCUGGCCGCGACAGCGGGGAGUCUGGUUUUCUCGAGAGGAACACCGCUAGGCGUGGCGGCGGACGCGUGGGCGCCGUUCGACGCCGUGGAUGUGGAGAUUGCGCAGGCGCGGCGGCGCGUGAGCGCGCGGCUGGCGGAUCUCACGCGGAUUCUGCCGCGGCCGCCGCUGGAGCGGGUAGGGGAUUUGGUGCGCGAGGUGUGGAGGCGGGCGGAUGAUGCGGGUGCUUGUGGGGGGGAGGAGGGGGGUGGAGGUCAGGAGGAUCCGGAGGAGGCGUUUUGGUUGGAUGUUAUGAUGGAGAGACGGUUGGAGACU